GCCUGUUAUCCUCUGACUCUGGGCUGCAGCUACAUCCCCACUGCCAGCCAGGUCAAUGUCCAUCAUGGCUGCUGUGUCUCUUAGCUCUUAUCUCAUCAAAGGGCUGAAGGAACAGUACAUGAAGUUGCCCCAAGGAGGUAAGGUGCAGGUCACCUACGUCUGGAUCGAUAAAAAUGGGGAAGGAGUCUGCUGCAAAACUAAGACACUGGACUAUGAGCCCAAGUCCAUAGAAGAGAUCCCAGAGUGGACCUUUAAUGGGCUUGGCACAAGGCAAGCAGAAAAACAUAACUGUGGCAUGUAUCUCGUCCCGGUCAAAAUGUUCAGGGACCCUUUCGGUCUAGACCCCAAUAAGCUGGUGUUGUGUGAAGUUCUGAGAAGCAACAGAACACCUGCAGAAAGCAACCUGCGUCAGACUUGCAAAAAAAUAAUGGACCUGGUGAAAGGUGAUCGACCUUGGUUUGGGAUGGAACAAGAAUACAUCUUACUUGAUAUCAGUGGUCAGCCUUAUGGCUGGCCCGAUAAAUAUAUCCCAGGACUAAGAGGUCACUCAUACUGUGGUGUUGGGAUAGAAAAAGUCUUUGGACGUGAUAUUGUAGAAUGUCACUACAAGGCUUGUCUUUAUGCUGGUAUUGAGAUCUGUGGCAUCAAUGGAGAAGCUAUGCCAUCACAAUGGGAAUUCCAGGUUGGCCCCUGUGAAGGCAUUGAAAUAGGAGAUCAUCUAUGGAUGGCUCGGUUUAUACUUCACCGUGUCUGUGAAGACUUUGGUAUUGUGGCCACUCUUGACCCAAAACCGAUGCCCGAUUACAAAUAUGCUUCUGGUUGUCACAUCAACUACAGCACAGAAAACAUGAGGAAGAAAGGUGGAUUAAAGGAUAUUGAAGAUGCAAUAAAAAAAUUGGGAAAGAGGCACAAUUACCAUAUCUCUGUCUACGACCCCCAUGGUGGCGAGGAUAAUGUCCGUCGUCUGACUGGUGGUAUUUCGACCUCAAACAUCCAUGAAUUUACCUCUGGUAUUAACAACUGCUCCGUUAGCAUUCGUAUUCCUCACCAAGUUGAGAAGGAGGGCAAAGGGUACUUUGAAGAUCGCCGGCCGUCUGCCAACUGUAACCCUUAUGCUGUUACUGAAGCUAUUAUCAGGACAACCAUUCUAAACGAGACUGGCAAUGAGACUAAAGACUAUGGAAACUGAACUGGAAGCUGCACCUCUUCUCUCUUUAAUUGCAAAAACACUAAAACCAAUUAAUCUUGCAUGUCUUCUAAAAAGUUUGUUUUUGAGUUUAUCUUUAAACCU